UGAUUUCUUACACCUUCAACCGCAUUUGCCAGUCUCACACUGUCCUAAGGAACAACAGCAUCAUUGGGCUUGACUCUACUCUGUGAACAUCCAUCUGCUCUUUUUCAUCAGCUUGGCUUACCAUUCUCCUGUGUGCUCCCUGGUCGGCAUUCACAAUGAAGCUCCUUUCUGUGAUCUUGACUGCAAUGCUUGCUGUGCUCUCCUUCCCUACUCCCAGUGCCGCUGCUCCGACCCAAGACUCGACCGAGGUGGAUGCCAUGGCAAACGACGUCAGCGGGACCUUGAACCCUUUCAACGACUCCUCGAGCUCCAUACAGCCAACCAAAUGGGCUUGGAUUGUCUUCUGCACUACCGACGACCGCACUUUUCUCACCCGUUGCUCCAACCUUCCAAAGAGAGGGAACGAGACCAGUGACGAACCUAAUGGAGACGAUGGACCGAUCGAUACACAGGUGCAGCCUCGUGGUGAUACUCAGGGAGAUUCCAUGAAUUAUUACAAUUUGUACACAUCUCAAUGCCGGAGUAUCUGUACAUGUGCAGAUAAUGGUGACUUCUCUUGCAGCUUGUAUGGAUCCUGUAAUCCGGCAGCAGUCUGGCAGAACUGCAUCGAAAUCGGUCAGUGCCAAUGCGCUUUCAAGGAGGUCUUGGCCGGCAAUACUGCGUCGUUGGGCUCGUACAAUUUCAACGGUGGUAGCGCUAUCAAUGGAGGCUCCGGCUCCAACUGGGUUCGCGAUGUUGACAAACAACAGCCGGGAGAAGAAGAUGCCCAUCAAGUGAUCCGGCAUGUGUCAAACGAGGCUUGAUGAUACUGAUCCGGCGGAAGUAUCACAACAAAGACCCGAGACUCCGAACGUGCCAGCUGGGACCUUAGGAAGCCGGACACCGUGAGUUGUGGGCAUCAUGUGCAAAAGGAGGUUUUGGUUUCUUGGCCGAAGAGGGUAAAAUGAAAAAGUGGUCGGUGGAUGAGUUGGCGGCUGCAUGCCGGAGGCUAUUGUCUGACCUCGCUUCCAAUACGGAGCACAAGGUCUCAGUAUAGG